AAGAGUGCGCCGAGCGAGCUCUCACUCUUUCCAAGGAACUGCGCAGGACAAGAAUUGCCGUCCUCUCUUCACGCAAGACGUUGCUUCUGCUUAGCGUGAGUAAGCAUUUUUGUGAACCAUACUUCACCAAUGGACGACGACGCAGAGCCAGGUGCCACUCUGCCAUGGGUGCACGAAACCGACAGCGAGCUCAGUCGAAAAUCUCGCGCCGCCGGCACUUCUGACCUGCCUCCCAGGAAAUCGUCCUUGAGGAAAUCCUCACUGAAGAAUGAGACCUCUCAAAAGAAUCCCGCGGAUAUUCCUUUUCUGCCAGACUCCGAUUCGGCGCCAGCCAACCUGAAAACUUCCUUCUCCGAAGGCCCAGCCAUGGCCAGUUCGCCAACUGAACUCUUGAACGAACCAGCAGCAGCAGCUCAGGCGGAACGCGCGUCUCCACGUCUCAAGAAGCUAGGCCUAACGGACUUGUACGGGGAUAACGGACCAUACCAGCACCAUAACUUCUACUUCGUUAUGUUGGUCUUCUUUGUGAUGUCGUUACAUACGCUCGUGACGCCGGAGUUCACCCCCGAUGUGGAGUAUUGGUGCGCCAAACCACGUGACUCGAAGCUCUCCAACAAGGAAUGGCUGGACGAAGGUAUUCCGCGGGAGAAAGACGGUUCAAUCAAGAGGUGCUCCAUGUACCACAUGAACGGUACUGAGGUUCCCUGUUCCUCCUGGCAUUUCAAGAAGACUGGAAAGCUGACGCGGACGAUACGCAGUGAGUUUAACCUAGUAUGCGAUCGCGAAUGGCUUAUUCCUCUCAGCAACGCUGUAUACUUCGUUGGAGGCUUGACUACGAUGCCCAUCAUGGGUGGCAUGUCAGACAAGCUGGGCCGUCAACCGGUCAUCUACUUCAACAUACUCACUGCACUGGCAGCUGGAUGCAUGAUGUUGCUGGCACGCCAUUUCAUGAGUUUCGUAGUCUGUCGGUUCUUCCUGGCUUUUGGAUUGUUCGCUGUCUUCGACACCGCCAUAGUACUGCUGUCUGAAAUUGCGGGGCCAUACGACCGGGCGCUAAUGCUCAUAUCCGGAUUCAUGUUCUGGGGCAUCGGUUCCUUCAUGCUGUGGAUCAUGAGCAUAUACCUGGACAACUGGAUCAUCGUGCAGUUCGUCCUCAUGAUGCCUACAGCGCUCCUAGUGAGCGGGUUCUUGGUUGUUAUGGAAUCCCCCCGUUGGCUGAUUGCACGGAGAGACUUGGCCCACGCGAAGAAAGUUGUCCUGGCCGCGGCUAGGCUGAAUGGGUGCACAGUCUCAGAAACUAGAGACAGGUGGGAGAUAAUCGUACCGGAGUUACUAAAGCAAGGAGAGAUGGAAGAGCCUUACGUCGUACCCACGCUAGGAAUCUUCGCAAUGCCUGGACUGCAGACGGUGGUCUUUACUCUCUGGUUUUGCUGGUUUGUGUGCUCCUACAUGUAUUACACGCUCGCCGUGAAAUAUCGCCAAGGGAUUUGGGCAGCGGUGAAUUCUCACCUGGCGACCGGCCUCGUUGAGCUUCCGUCUUGCCUCGUAGCAGCGCUGGCUGUGAACAAACUCGGUAGAAGACCCUCGUCCGCUGUAUGCCUCCUCCUGGGAGGAAUCCUUUCGGUGCCAUCUAUUCUUUUCUCGGGUUUGGGCGUUCUACAGUUGAUGACAGCAGUCUUGUGUAAGAUACUGACAACAACAGCCAACACCAUUCUGUACGUGCACACCGUUGAGCUCUUCCCCACGAUGGUCCGUAACCUUGCUUUCAACACUUGCUGCAUGAGCGGACGUUGUGGAGCGAUCCUCGCCAUCAUCACAGAACAGAAGUCCCGUUCCAUCUUAGGAGAUUCGCCCCAACUUUUCUUCGCCUUAUUCUGCAUCAUCGGAAGCGCUCUUGUGCUCAAGUUGCCUGAAACUGCGGGCGCAAUAAUGCCCGACACAAUAGCACAAGCUCAAGCGUCCAUCAAAGAAAGUGAAAGCAAGCAAGCGAGCAAGAAGCGCGGCAGCGAACUUUGACUACGCAAGAUCUAUACGAGUCAGAAGAAAAAAAAAAAUAUUUUUCGCAUACUUUAUAGAACAGUUGCCCCACGACUUUGUCGUUGAUAUGGUCCCAUAGUAGUAUAUAUAUAUUUGCAGCUUCUUACC